AACUAGCGGCUGGAUUUGAGUCUAAUUCAUUUCAAAAUGGCUGCCCCCAGUCUGUCGCGAUUUGUCGAGACUGGACGAAAGAUUAUCUGCGUUGGCCGUAAUUAUGCUGCCCAUGCAGCUGAGCUGGGGAAUACCAUACCGGCAGAACCCAUCAUUUUCCUGAAACCAACGACUGCGUUCAUUACAGAGGGUACUCCAAUAAGAGCUCCUCCUGGAUGCAACAAUUUGCAUCAUGAAGUGGAACUGGGCGUGGUCAUAUCCCGCCCUGGGAGAGACAUCCCAGAAUCCUCAGCUAUGGACCACGUGGGCGGCUACACCCUGGCGCUAGACAUGACGGCCCGAGACCUCCAAGAUGCGGCCAAAAAGAAGGGUGCUCCCUGGACGCUGGCCAAGAUGUUCGAUACCUCCUGCCCAGUCAGCGGGUUCCUGGGGCGAGAUGAGGUACCAGACCCGCACAACUUCCGGCUCUGGCUUAAAGUCAACGAUGAGAUGAGGCAGGAUGGGAACACAAGUGACAUGAUUUUCAAGAUCCCCGCGCUCCUCAGCUACAUCAGUCGCUACAUGUCGCUGCAAGAGGGUGACUUGGUGUUGACUGGGACGCCCUCUGGUGUCGGGCCAGUGCAAGGUGGUGAUGUCAUCACAUGUGGCCUGUCAGAUGGCUCAUCAACCGAUAAAGUAAACAUGUCCUUCACAGUUGCAGAAGGAAUAUAAACUUGAACAAGUUCUGUACUUACGUCUCUCAUUCAUUAUCUCUAAAAAGAACCUCAAUUUAUGCAUUUUUGCAGUAAACCCACCAUAUUCAAAUAAUUUUUCACUGCAUCCACUGGAAAAUCUUUGGGGCUAGAUUGAAGAAACUAUUGCAUCCAAAUGUAAUGUGGUGCCCUGAUGAAUACUCUUUAAAUUCUUACAGAUAUUUAUAUAUAUACCUUUCGUUAAAAAAAACUAUCUCGGCUGUUAUGUUGGGUACAUCUCUGGUUUUGCAGUUAUUGCAAAGGGGGCUAAAGUAACUUUAAAUUCCUGGGAUAGAUGUUCUCUAAUGAAAAAUUAUGAAAAAUGUAUAAAUUGUAAAAUUUAAAAACAGAAAUAUUAGAUUUUUAAUUUUAAAUUUCAUACCUUAAAAUUGUGUAUUUACAGUUAUUAAACAAUUUCUGUAACUGAAAAAAAUAUUGCACUGUAUGUCAUUGAGCUUUCCUGUUUCAUUGACUCGAGAACCUUUAAUAAAAAAGGUAAAAUAUUGUUUUGCAUCGACAAGAUUGCAGUCCGUUUAAAAUAAAACUGCAGCGACGUGGAGACCUAUAAAUUUCAAUGCAAACAAUUUAUUCAACUCUUACUGAAAACAAAGUACUGUACUGCCCAUGCUGAAUACAUCUGAUAAAGCCACAUAAAACACAACAAUCUAAAUAUUUGUCAAAAAAAACUAAAUAAAACAAACACGAGGUAGCAAAUAACCUGUAACACUGUCCAAACUUUGGCAAAUAAUAAAAGCUUUACACAGUUCAUAUGAAAGAAACCUUUAAAUGAAAGAUGCACUAUCUGUGGCAAAACUGACUAGGCAAGGUCAUGGUAUGAGUAACUAACAUUACAAGUCUAUGCAGAUGGUCUGGCUACCUAUUAAAUCUGUAAGGCAAUUCUAUGAUAAUGUGCAUACAAGGCAGGGUUCAAGACCAAGAUGGCAACAACAUCGGUCACACUUAGGACAACCAUCAGUAUAACUUGAUGCUUUUGCUCACAAUUAAGAAAUGACUAAUAAUAAUGUAAAAAAGACCCUUCAUUUGAUCCAUUUAUGCAUUGAGAUGAAUAUUUGACAGUGUAUUGGCAUAAAUAAAAUUAUAGAUGUUUCAAAUCCAAAGAAAAUUGCCAGAUAGGCAUUUAGAUAACGCUCUGGUAUAAUUACAUGUACCAGUAUUUGACUACAUUAUUUCAAAACAUUUAUAAAUCAUGUGAUUCAAACAAGUCACAACAUAACAGUGGUGUUGUCAAAAAAAACAUGUAUUUGUUCAGAAGUAUAGUUCUGGUAUGAAUACAAAUGAGAUAAGAACAAGUGUUACAGAUUAAGACGAUUACAUUGUGGUUGAGAACAUGUUGAAGAAUACGUGCAGAAAAUUUUCAACAGUCUGAGAAAAUCUGAGAACAGUACAGCCAUGAAUACGAAAACACUGCAAGCCAGCAACAGGAAUACGCCAAAAUUUGAAAUAUUUGUGUACCUUGUAUAUUAGUUAUAACUGAAUGAAUCAACACAAACAUGUUGAUAUUUUAUAUUUCAAAAUCAUUCAGCCUAACCCCUGACUGUCAAAAUAUAUUUCUUUUUAUACAACACCUGUGCUCUUUUUCUUACAUGCACAAAUUUUAACUCUCCAAUAAAGUAUCUGUUCAAAUAUUAUAAUGAACUUGAUGUAAACUAUUAUCUUUUGGUAAGUAAAGUACUAAACUGCAAAGCUGCUAAAUAUAUUAUAGAAACAUUUCCACUUAUACAAGGAAAGUGCUGUUAUGGUGAAGACAAACUUACACAUUUGUGUGCCCGACUUGUGCUUGACAAAUU